CAAGAUGGCCGGUGAUUCUUUCAACCAACUACUGUCGUCAUCGUGUUGAUCAUUGAAAAUAGCUUUAACAAAUAUUAUGUUGACUCUUUAAUUCAUCUGUUAGCCAAUUAAUUGAGCUACAUCAUAACAAUCAUGAAUGAGAUGGACCCAGGAUCCAAUCUGAACGCAGACUUAGUGUCCAAAACUAUCAAUUUUCAUGGCCAGUUACUGCAGAAAACGUGGGAAGCAGAACAUGGCGAGGGUAAUCUACAAAAGCUUGGCAUCACCAAUCUCGAUUUUGCCAUUUACUCUCAACGUCAAAAACAUCUUAGUUUUCAAGAUCGCGGCAAGCGUUUAAAGCUUCAUCAGUUUAUUUCAAAGCAAGCGAAUGUUUUGUUUGACUCUUCGCUUGUGGAGAAGGAGGAGCCAAAAUCCAAAACUGUGGAACCUGGUCUUUACGCUGUAUUGCCACCGUUUGAAAACUUUCUCAACUUGGAUAAAACGAGCAGAGCCCAGCACUUCUUACAAUGUCUAGGUGUAGGAGAAGUAGUUAUUGGUCAAAUAACAAGCAAAACCAAUGCCGGGCUGUUCCUUAAGAUCCUGUGUCUUGAUGGUGACAAUGCACGAAACAUCACUGAGCUUGGCAUUAAGGGGUUUUGUCCAACAUCCAAUUUGAUUUCGGCCGUGGACAAGAAAGGUGUGCCUCGCAGCUUCUUGAUGAAUGACCUUGUUGCUUGCGAGGUUUUGGAAGUGAUUCCAGAUAUGGAGAAGAUUGUGUGUGGCAUGAAGGGAGUUCAAGUUACAGAAGAGCAAAAGGCUCGUCUCGGUCUUUUCCAUUCUGACGAUUUUCCCGAGGCUUACAAGUUACCUCAGGAAGGCAAGAGUGAGCCGUUUGAAGAGAUGUUAGAGAAGACAGUUGGGUUUCACAACCCCAGCAAUGUCAGCUGUCUGGCCAGUGUUAUGGGAUUGGGGAAUCUUCACCACACCAAUAUUCUAGCCCUCAAAGGACGUUUUCCCGAGACGGAGUAUGCGACAGAGCUGCGUAACGUACAGGCAGCCAAGUGGGCGUUCCGUAGUGUCGCUGACGGUAUAGAACACUUCAAGUCUGGUCGCAUGACCGAGGCGUUCCAGUGUCUUAACAAGGCUUUGAGCAUUGACGCCAACAACAUAGAAGGCUUGGUCGCACGUGGAGCUUUAUAUGCCAAUGGUGGAAGUUUUAAGAAAGCAAUCGACGAUUUUGAGAUUGCCUUGAAAUUGAACCCUACUCACGUGAACGCAAGGAAAUACAUGGGAGAGACACUAGUGGCUUAUGGAAGGAAUUACGAAGACUCAGGUCAGACAGAGGAAGCUCUGAAGUUGUACGAGAGGUGUUUGGAGAUUGUGCCUUACCACGAGGAAGCACAAAACUCCAUUGAGUACAUCCGAGUGAAGAUGGCCAACGGUUCAACCUCGCUGACAGAUGGACUCGUACCUUCAUUGACCUCUAAGACUCAGGGGGUCAAGGACACCUUGAAACAGCUGCUGGGCAACGAGACUGCCACCAAGGAGGAAGGGACUAGCUCUGCUAAGAAGAAGAAGAAGGAGAAAAAAUCAAAAAAACACAAACGCCACUCAUCAUCCAGUAGCAGUUCGUCUUCUGGAAGCUCAAGUUCCUCUUCUUCAUCAUCAUCCUCCUCUGAUACCAGUUCUGCAUCUUCUAAUGAUUUCCACGGCAAGAAAAAGCAUAAGAGCAGGAAGAGUGAGCCAAAGGAGAAAUCACUGUCACCACUAAGCAAAAGGAUGGCAAUUAUGGACUCUUCUGCUACAUCCGAAACUGACGGACAAAGAGGAUCUCAUUACAACCCUCCUGCCUUGCCAUAUUCUUUCUCAGCUGAUCCAGCAGCUGCUGCUAUGGUUUACGCCUCUUCUGGGAAGACGGACAAAGAGUCGGAAUAUGAACAACGAGUUUGUAAAUUCCUGGAACAGACAAAAGGUGAUUCUGACUAUGAGGAGAAAGUACGCAAGUUCCUUGAUGAAACUGCAAAAUGGAAAAAGGAACGCAAAGCCAUAGAAGAAAAGGCUAAAAAGAAGCGCAAGAAAGAGAAAAAAGCAAGGAGCAAGAGCAAGAAGAAGAAGCGUGAUGAACGUAAAAAGAAGAAAAUGAUGAAAGAAAUAGAAGAGAAGAAGUUACGCGAUGCCUUGCGAAAACAAAGGCGAAGGAGCAACUUAGAAGAUGAUGAUGAAUUCCUGUAUGGUGAAAAAGAUUUAAGGUUAAGUCUACCUGACUUGGAAGAUUUACAAAGCAAGCUCAGUUAUUACGUCAAAGUUGAGAAAGGAAAUUCAUCAAAAAAGAAAGAGAAGAGCAGCAGUGUAGAGAAGCUAGUUGCAGCUGCUCAAGCCAAGAAAGCAGCUUCUCCCAAAGGGGUCCUACUAUUGGAAGAGGAACUGAGGGAAGAGGCUAGGCAGAGGAAACUUGAGAAGAAGAAACUUGACAUAUUUGAAGACUCUCCCCCUCAAAUAAGACCUCCUGAAGCUAAAAAUGUUCCGUUGCCAUCUGGGGCCCCUCCACCUUCGAGCAAGUUCAAGAUGCAGAUUGGCUCAGCUCAAAAUCGACUGAAGAAACGAGGCGAUAAAACUGAGGAGAAAGAUACUUGGGAUGAAGUGGGAGAAAAGAGGUUCAUUUACAUGAGCGAGACAAUCACACCAAGCAAAGAGAAAGAAACCAAAACACUUCCAGAUAAGAAAAAAGAGGUUGAAGAACAGUUGGCUAAGGCUCCGAUGAUCCUGGAUAAGUUGGGAGGAUUCCGUAUAAAUCCAUUGGCUGCUGAGAAAAAAUUAGACGACAUCACACCACAGAAACGUAAGCUGCGACCCAGAGUAAGUGAAAGUGAUUCUUCAGAUUCAGAGGGAGCGGCCAAGAAGAAAGAAAGGGCUGCCAGGAGUCCGGGAUCUUCAAGGUCUCGCAGCAGGUCUCGAUCACACAAGAAGUACUCGAGUGAUUCACCUCCGCCUAAGAAGUACUCAAGCAGUUCAUCCCGCAGUCCCUCCUAUCGCAAGGACCGCAGCCGCAGCAAGUCUGGGUCUUACCGCAGUGAUCGUGAACGUCGUCGUUAUCGCAGCAGUGAAAGCGGCUCGUAUCGUAGCAGAUCUUACUCCAGAUCCCGCAGUCGUUCACGUUCCAUGGACUAUCAUAGACGGUCACGCAGCCGCUCAGACGACCGUCACCGCUACCACAAGUAUCCUGGUCGCUACCCUCGCAACCGAGGUACUUACUACAGACCUCGCUUCCAGACUGGUUUCAAGACUAGACCUGGAGGAUUCUUCCCUCGGGGCAGUUUUGUUCCCAGGGGCGGCCCGUGGAGACCUGGUGGUCGACCUUUCAUCCCUCGGAUGCGGGGUAGAGGACGACCGAGGUUUUUCCAUAACAACUUCAAACCUCGUGACGAUCGCUACCGUCGCUAUGAGAGAGACAUGUCACGGUCCGAUGACGACGACGGCAGUCCGAUGCGUAAAGUGGAUGCUGCCAAGGAGCGGAUUGAUAGAAUGUUGAGCGAAGACAAGCGCCACACAGGACCGUUGAGCGAAGGAGAGGAAAGGGAUGAUGAUUACAUUGACAGGAAGGAUUACGAUAGAGAGAGGCCAAGACAGUCGACAAGUCCGGAUAUGGAUAGGAAGAAGGAAGGAAUCAAGGAGGAAAGGAAGAGUGGGGGAAAACCGAACCCUUGGUGAAAUAGAGACUACAGUACAUUGACAGCUUCUCAUUAGAUAAGUUUAUUUUGUUAAUUCAGUCAAAAUAUUGUAUAUAUUUUAUAUGCAUGUACUUCUUAUGUUUUAAUUGAAGAUUGUGCUACACUAAGAUGGUCAAAUAGUGUAAAUUUAGAUUUGAUUAGCGUUACCUGUGCUAGCUGUUUAGGACCACUGUUUAUAAAUAAAUUCACUUUGGUGUAA